AUGUCUUUCUGUUGUCAGGAAGGAGAUCUAGAUGAUGGCGAGAGCCUUGAAGCUGUUGUAGAGAAAGUGAGAGCCAUACUUGGCCCAGAUGCGUGGCUCGUUGGUCAAUCGAUUGACAGCGAUAUAAAAUGGAUGCACUUAGAGAAGGGCAGGGACUAUAAGGAUAUCAUAGAGCUCAGUAAGGAGUUCACAACUUUCAAUCCGAAGUACCAGAACUACUCGUUCUUCUCUCUAGAGCAUGAAGCGCUGGUGUUGAUGGGAGUCGACUUGUCGGCUAAGGGGUACCAUGAUCCAGCAGAAGAUGCCCAGGCCUCGAUGGAGCUGUUCAAACGUUUCUGCGAAUAUGGGGAUGUCGAGACAAAGGAGCUCUUCGGAAUUGCGAAGGAGAACCUUAUACGAGUACGUACGAAACCGUCCAUGGCAAAACGGAACAACUACAACAUGCACGGUAUAUGUAUGGCGGCCUUCUAUCCACCAGCGUGUGUGUGUGAUGACGAGACUUUAGUUGCGGACGACCUGAAAGAGAAGAUGAUGGCGCAGGCGCGGGACCGGGAGCAAGCGAAGAUUAAAAAACAAUAGCGGAGGCUUAGGCAAUAUUAUAUCUCAGAGUACUCACUUGUGGCGAUUCAGCAUAAGUGUUGACAAACUUAGGCAAUAAUUAGAUAUUUUCUGUCCCGAGUAAUGGUAUACGAGUGUGCGAGAGUGCCAUACAUUCGAUCGCCGAUGAUUCGAGGUGAUUGUGGGGGACUUUAGCGUCAGCUUAUACCAUCCAAGUAUCUGAGUGCUUGUAUACGAGGGUUUUGGAACUGUGUGCAGUUGCAGUAUAUAUAUGUGAGUGUACCGCGCUCCACCACACUCACCUCUAGAUGCGGGCAGGUCAGACUUUCGUAUCAAUCAUAUCAAUCUAGCUUACAACCCUCUACACCCACCUUAGACUUCCAGGGUUCGUAUUUUGUCUCUGCAAGACGCUGAGCAAUCGUCGCUACGAGCAACGACGCUGCCUUGAAGUCAAUUUGCUGCCCACGAAGAUAUCGUCUCCAGCUACCUUUAUUUCCACUUGACAUUAAACUACUGUGUGUGCAUAAGCGAUGACGGA